AUGACAAUUGCAUUAGUUAUUUUGUGGCAUACUAAAUUAAAACCAUUUCGAGAUUAUGCUGUAGUUAUUGAUGCUGGUUCAUCUCAUUCAAAAAUUUUUGUUUAUUCAUGGCCUACAGAUAAAUCAGGCGGACUUGGAACAACAUCACGAAUUAAACAAGUUAAAUCAUGUUCUGUCACUCAUGAACCUAUUACAACAAUUGUAAAUGCAACACAAGAUAAUGUUAAAAACUAUUUUGAUUCAGCUAUGACUACUUGUAUCAGCAGUAUUCCAUCAACACGAAAAAGUCGAGCAUUAAUCUUUCUUGGAGCAACAGCUGGUCUUCGUUUAUUAAAUAUCACAGAUCCAGCAUAUAUUACUCGUUUAUUGAAUAGUACUCGUGCAUAUUUUAGUACUCUUAAACUUCGAUUUCGUGAUCCUAUAAAUCAAGUACGUAUCAUAAGUGGUAGCGAAGAAGGUUUGUCUGGAUGGAUAUCAACAAAUAUUCUACUAAAAGAACUGUUUAAUAAAAGCAAACCAUUAGACACCUUUGGUGUCCUGGAUAUGGGUGGUGCUAGUACUCAAUUAAGUUUUAUAGCUCCUAAGGCAACUAAAGAGCGAUAUCGAAUGAAUCUAUUUGAUAGAAACUAUGAUGUAUAUUCACAUUCAUAUUUAUGUUAUGGGCAAGACCAAGCACGUCUAGUUUAUCAAGGAAAAUUAAUAGAACAAGCUAAUGGAUCUGUGUCUAUACAUGAUCCAUGUUUACAACGUGAUUAUAUUGAAAAUAAGACUUAUAAUGAUAUAUUCAGUACAGCUUGUGCUCAUGGACAAAAUGAAUCUUCUGUAUAUUUUAAUACAUCAUCAAUAUUUUCAUUUAUGUAUGGCAAUUUAAAUUAUAUACGUUAA